UGUUUUUCCAGUACAAACAGCAAACACCUUCAAUACUAUGCUGUUUUUGAAAAAGUGCUAAUAAUGUCAGGUUUAGUAUCAGAUGUUGCCUUGGUGGUCAAAAAGCAUAUACCUUUAAUAAAGUUUCGCAGUCAGCUGAAAAGUUUAAUAAAAAGCUCAAGUAAUUCUCAAGUUCAGGCUACUUCAUCUACUUUUGUCGUGAAAUCAUCGGUACCACGUGAGGCCGCUGUCGAGCCAUCUGCCAUAAGUUCGAAAUUUCGAAGGAAAAAGAUGACAGAUGAUGAAGUUGCAUCUUACGAGAGAGCACUCUUGUAUGAUUAAUAUGAAAUCACACAGUAGUUGAUGUCCGUUGCUUGAUUUGAUGGAAAUUAAAUAAUACAAUAUUUUGCUUAGUACUAUUUCUGAGUGCAGCUACCUUGAUAGUGUCGUUAUCUCCACAAAUCUAACUGUUGUUAAUUGUUAAGCUAAAGAAGCGCUUUGGAUUGUUGCGCAGUAUUGUGAGGUUAUAUGUUGAUAUUGGUUGACUUUGCUGAAACGGUGUUGGUUUAGAUCAAUACUUCACUACAAUCUUAAAGUUGAUAAGCGUAGAACUCGUACUGACAAAUUUCCUGGUUUAAUAAAGUUACAUGGUCUGAAUACUCUGGAUCAGCUAGAAAGUGACAUAUGGUCAGCUUUUGAGAAGUUGGAGGUAAGUUGAGUCAUGUUUCGGGAAGUAUCAUUAUUUCACAAAGGCCUACAUGGUUAGUAGUGCUGUUUUACAUUUUCAUUAUUUCGCUUCUUUACGUUUGUCCAAAGUUAGAUCCAUUCAACUGCUUUUUUAUCUCUCCCGAUAAUAAUCCGUAUGACUAUUUCACGCAUGCCAUGACAAACGAUGUUAAAAUCAUGCGUUUAAGAUCGAUUGUUAUUUAUGAUGAUUGCCUUAGUCGCCAAUAAAUUCUUAUCGUCUUCUGUCUUUAUUAUGAAUUUUCAUGCUUGGUACAGGGAACCACGGCGUUCG